AUGGCCAUUUCUGCGCCCCAGGACCUCCGUUUGUGCCCGUCGGCUAGUCUGUCGGGCCUGUCUGUGGUGCUGCUGGCGGGCCCCUUGCAAGCCCUCCACAUGUCGUCGAUGUCGCCCGAAACACCGCUACUAGCCCCCGCCGCCACGCCCAAACACGGCGCCGCCCGCCGCAAAAAGCCCCGCCGCAAGCACAUCGAGGCCCGCAGCCCGGCCCUCGACGCCGGGUUCAAAUUCGACGUCGACUUCCCCGCCGCCGGCGCCGCCCCGGCCGACACACACGAGCCCCAGGACUCGCACCUCAAGCACAGCCAGCAGAUGGCCACGUUCUUUCUCGCCUCGGCCAGUGCCGUCCGGUCCCGGUACAACAUCAUGGCCGCGGGGCCAGGGAACGCCGCCGCGCCGCGCUCCGCGGCGCAGGGAGACAAGCCGGUGCAGAUAUCGCCCGCCGUUCGGCGCCGGGCAGACCAAGUCAAGGCGUCGCUCGAGUUGAAGUUCACGUGGAUCCAGCGCAUGGCCGAGUCGGCUGAGGCAGGCCCGGCCCCCUCCCCGGGGCUCGACCGCUGCUACAACCCGCUCCAGGUGCUCCGCAACCGCGUCACCCGGAAGAAACUCCACCAGCCGAUGCCGCCGCCCGCCGCGCAUCCGUUGCCUUGCGACGCGUUUUCCUCGCACCCGCACGUGGGCAGCAAGCCCUGGAAAAUGCUCUGGGGCAUCGACCUUGGCGAGUUCGUCGCGGACUACGCCUGGCGCAAGGCCCACUGGGCCCAGCUCCGCACCCCCAGCGGCGAUCUCUGGUACCCGGGGGCGGCUCUGCCGCGUGAAACCACACCGAGACACGGCCAUGCGUCGAAGAAGCUCCACGACCGGCUCUGGAACGACUCGGACAGCAGUCGGUCCACCGACGAGCGUCUUUUGCUCGAGAUCCCGUUCCAAAGCCUGGGAAAGCAGGCGUCGGCAAAGGGCUCGCGGAGCCACUGGAGGGACCGCGCAAAACGCCUCUACGGGUCCCGCAGCUCGUCCGCCAUCGACCUCCGACCCUCUCACGAUCCGCAACAUGCACCGCUGCGCUCCUGGGAUGGCCUUUCCGCCGUGAAAAUCGCUCGUGUCGGGAUGGCCAGCUCUGCAGAUCCGUCGAGCCAGCUCCACCAGUUUAGGCUCGGUAGCGACGGAGAUUUCCGCGCGUUCAUGAGCGAGGACCAUGAUCCGACAGAUCGUGACUCGCGAGAGAUUGACCCAAUAGAAGUGGAUCCAGGACAAGCAUACCUGUACCAGGUAGAGCCUCGCCUGUCAAACUCAAAGAAGCAAGACUCUUCCCUCCAAGGCAUGGCCACCAAUGGCAUGCUCCCGCCGCCCCUGAUUGUCAUUGAUGAUGGGCACUCUUCUACCCAGCAACUGAACUCCGAUAUUCUUGAAGAAGACGAAUCAGAUGCGGACGAGACGAAGGAUGCCGCAGGAAAUAUUCACGACGUGUUUUUCGGUUCGGCCCACCAGAAAAAUCCCCUGGUGCAGCAUUUUGAGUGGAGCUCUGUUAAACUGAGCACCGAAAGCAUUGACGAGGCUGGCCCUCCAAGUGCUCUUAUCCUAGACGAACUACAGCUCCGCACAGUAGAAAAACAACUCAAACGCCUCAACGCACUUUCCCGCUUGAGACACAAUAUGCUAGGCUCGGUUUACCCAGCGCUCUUGCUGUCCACCAGCUUGAAGUUGAGCGCACUACUUCGAGACGACAUGCGCCGCUUACUCCGCUCCAUCAACCAAACCAACGCAGGUCACCUACCAGCAAGAGAAAAUAUAUACAAAGGCUACAUCGAGGAAGCCAAAAGCAUCAUGCAUCUCGCCAACGACAAUUGUGCAGUCAAAAUCGACAAUUUGUUGAGCGCUACUGACAGAUCGUACGGGGAACUAAACACGUCGUUAAUCAUGGAGUUGAGAAGAACUAAUGAAAAAUUGGACAAGCUCAGUCGCUCCUUCUUUGGGGGUGUGAUGGGCGGCUCCACCAUCGCUGAUCAGGAAGAUCAGAUCUACGACAUUACCAGCCACAAGUUACUUUACAUCGCAUUGGAGAACGUCAUUGUAGUGUUUCUUCGUCUAGUCUGGAUUGGUGCAAACAUCUGUAAGCCUGUCUUCGUGUUCAUGAAAUUCAUUUGGAAAAUGCUCACAUUGUUGUUCAGGGCGCCUCACGUUUGA